CACCAUCGGUCUUAUAAAUAUAAAAAAACAAGGUGUUGAGCAUCAGUCUAUGUUGAAAUAUACCGCGAAAAUGACCGUGAUUUUACUGUUAGCCGUUUUGGCAUGCGCAAGCGCUGCACCGUACUACAACCAUCAGCAAAGUCACCAGAUUUUCUACCAACAUCAUCAUAAUCAACAGGCGUACUACCAACAUCAUCAUAAACAACAGGAGUACUACCAACAUCAUAAAAAUCAACAGGUAUACAACCAACAACAUGAUCAUCAACAUAGUUAUCAACCACAUUACCCCGUAUUCGACAGUCACGAUGAUUGGAACUCGAAUUGGAAGGAACUGAAAAAAGAAAUAACAGGACAUCCAGGGAAAAUUCCUUGUGAAGGUGAAAUCGAAAAUAACAUGUACAAAAUUGUGAUUUUCCUGCCUGGUUUUAAACAGAACGAGAUCACUGUCAAGGUCAAGACGGGACUACUAGUUAUCCAAGCAGAUCAUAAGAGCGAGUGGGAGCCGAUGAAAAGCUAUUUGGACUUCAGGAUCCUACCUGAGUUUGUCGAUGGGUACGGCGUUUGGACGUAUGAACACUGUUUACUUACGAUUGUUCUACCACUGGUAGGUAAAAGUGAAGAGGAACCAGUGACAACCGAAGUUUCGGUCACUACAAAUCAACCAGAAUACAGCACUGAAGUAGCAACAACAGAAACAGACCAGAACGUUACUCAUGCAGAAGAUUCAGAUGACGAGAUCGUGCGAGGAGACCAGGGUGAAGAAAAUAUUAUAACACCAGCUGAAGUGUCGCCAGGAACAAAGCCAGUUGAAACAACAACUUAUGCCAUACCCCGAGCUAUUGAAUAUUAGUUUUUUAUUAAUAUUAUUUAUUUAUUAUUGUUGUACGAAUAUUUAUGAUUAACUAGCUUUUACCCGCGGCUUCGCUCGCAUUAAAGCCAUUAAGUAAGUAGAGAUUUUAUAUUUCGUAAAAAAAAAAAAAAAAUUUAAAUAAAAAGUAUCCUAUGUUACUUCUAAUACCUCCAAGAAUAUGUGUACAAAGUUAAUUAGGGUAUAUGAAGAAUUUGUGUUCAUCAUGAUCGGUUAAGUAGUUUUCGCGUGAAAGCGUAACAAGCUUACAUUCCAGUGUUAUUUUGUGGGUAAAAAAAUAUAGACUGGGGAGGGGAAGAUGUGAUUAGGGACAAGAUGAAUGUGGGAUAAGUAGUGAAAGAUUACUUCUGUUAAGAAAAAAAUACAAUACAAUACAAUACGAAUACUCUUUUAUUGCACAGUAUCAGAGAAAAAAAAAUUUACACCGAAAAAGAAAAUAUUGUUUUGCAUUUAAUCAUACAUAAGUAAGUAUAUAAGUGACGAUCUAGAGAAUAAAUACAAAAAGUGGUGCUUGA